AUGGAAAAAUUUGAUUGGCGGUCUAUGAUCAAAAUGAACAUUUUAGUGUUGAGAUGUGUGGGUUUAUGGCCUUCUGGGGAAGAAACUUACAAACCGGGAGUUUAUACGAUCUACGCCUCAACAGUUUUGUCAAUUUUCCUCCUCGGCCACAUAUUUUUCCAAGCUGUUAACAUUUACUUUAUUCGCAACAAUUUAAGCGCUGUGACGGGCACAGUUUAUAUCCUUCUUAUCGAAAUCUUAUUAGUUUUUAAAGUCUACUACCUUAUGAAGAACAUGACAGUGUUGAAGCAGUUAUUGAAAAUGUUGGAAACUGAAAUGUUUCAACCCAGAAAUUCCGCACAAAUCAGCGAAAUACAAGCCGAUAUGAAGUUCUGGCAAAGGCUUAUUCGGUUUUUGUGGAUUUCUGUAAUUUGUUCGAAUUUAUUUUGGGCGAUUUACCCUCUUUUGGACAACGCGGGACAAGAAAGACGAUUUCCUUUUCUCGCUUGGUAUCCUUACGAUGCUCAAAAAUCGCCGUAUUAUGAAAUUACUUAUGUGUACCAAACCAUCAGUGUUAAUUAUAUGUCAAGUAUACAUGUCAGUGUUGAUGCACUGGCUGGUGCUUUAAAUGUCUACAAUGGAAAUCAGUUUGAUAUUUUAUGCGAUAAUUUAAGAAAUCUUCACAAACUUACUACAAAUGGCAAAGCUGAUGCUGGACGAAAUUUUCGCUACUGCCUCAAGCACCAUAAACAAAUUCUAGAUUUUGCUAAAAAAUGUAACAAUUAUUUGAACUGGAUUUUGUUUAUGCAAUUUUUUGUAAGCACGAUUUCUAUUGGCAUAACAAUGUUUCAAUUAACUGUGGUUCGCCCCUUCUCAAACGAAUUUUAUUCGUUGUUUACUUACAUUAGUGCCAUAAUAGGGCAAAUUUUUAUGUACUGUUGGUACGGAAACGAAGUGGAAGUCAAGAGCAGCAAAAUAUUUUAUGCCACCUUUGAAAGCGACUGGAUAGAAUUUUCAGAACAAGUGAAAAAAGAGCUUUUAUUUUUCGUGAUGAGAACGCAAAAACCGGUUAAAUUAUCAGCACUAAAUUUAUUUUAUCUAAAUCUAGAUUCAUUUAUGCGAAUUCUUAAAACUUCUUGGUCUUAUUUCGCUUUGUUGCACCAAGUUAGUAACAGAAAAAAAAUGGAAGAGUUCAGCUGGAAAGAAACACUCAGUCAGAACAUCAAUUUUUUGAAAGUUUGUGGAUUAUGGCCUCCGGGAGAUGAAGACUACAAAUUAAAUUUGUACGGCAUUUAUGCAGGCUUUUGUGUCUUGGGUUUUUUAUGUGUCCACACUGGUACCCAAACAUUUAACAUCUAUUUCAUCAUCGACGACUUAGAAGCUUUCACUUCUUCAAUUUUUGUAACUUUUGCGUGCGUAGCUUGCGUUUUCAAAACCUACUACUUGUUGAAAAACAUGAAGCUUCUCAAAGUACUCUUCAUCAACAUCGACAAAGAAAUUUUUCAACCUCGCAACCAUGAACAGGAACUUUUGAUUCAACCGAGUAUUAAAUUCUGGAAGGGAUUCUAUCUCAUUUUUAGAAUUUUGUGUUACAACACGUGUUUCUUUUGGUGCGCGUAUCCCAUUCUGGACAAAAGGAUUAAACAGCACAAGUUACCAUUUUUAGCCUGGUAUCCUUAUGACAGUUCGGUCUCGCCAAUGUACGAAAUAACUUACUUUUAUCAAGCUGUGGCGAUUUGGUACAUUGUCAUAAUUAGUUUUAAUACUGAUGUAUUGAUAGGGGCACUAAACAUGUUCGUUGGGGCACAGUGCGAUAUAUUAUGCGAUAAUUUGAGAAAUCUAGCUAAAAAUGGUAUUAAUGAACUGAAUCAGAACUUAAUCAACUGCAUCAAGCAUCACAAAGCAAUUUUGAGGAAAAUGUCGGAAUUUAGCUGGAAAAGGGCAGUGGAUAGUAACAUUACAACUCUGAAAAUCCUCGGAUUGUGGCCCAAAGGAGACGAAAGCUACAAACUAAACCUAUACACACUUUACGCCAUUUUUGGUGUUAUGGGUCUACUUUUCAUCCACAGUUUUGUGCAAAUGUUCAACAUCUACUUCAUCGUCGAUGACUUGGAAGCAUUCACCUCUUCGAUUUUUGUAACCUUAUCCUGCGUGGGCACCGUCGCUAAAACCUACUACCUUCUGCAGAACAUGCAAUUGCUCAAAGAACUCUUCAUCAACAUCAACAAAGACAUUUUUCAACCCAAAAACGAGGCACAGAUACUUUUAGUUCAACCGUCUAUCAAAUUUUGGAAAAGAUUUUAUUUAAUAUUUAGAGUGUUGUGUUACUGCACCACAUUUUUCUGGUCGACUUAUCCCAUUUUUGACAAGUGGACGAAAGAUCAUCGCUUACCAUUCCUGGCUUGGUACCCCUACGACAGUACCAAAUCACCACUCUAUGAAUUUACAUAUAUCCAUCAAGUUGUAGCAAUUUGGUACCUCGUUUCCGCCAGUCUCAACAUUGAUAUGUUGAUUGCAGGAUUGAAUAUGUUUGUUGGGGCACAAUGUGACCUCUUGUGCGAUAAUUUAAAAAAAAUUGGGAAAAACAGAGAAGAAAUCGGUCCAAAUCUAGUCAAAUGUAUCGAACACCAUAAAGAAAUUUUGAGAUUUGCAGUACAGUCAAACGUGUUUUUUAAUUUAAUUGUGCUUUUACAAUUUUUCACUAGUGCAGUUUCUAUUGGUUUUACAAUGUUUCUGUUGACUAUAGUCGCUCCCUUUAGCAGCCAAUUUUACUCGUUUAUAUGUUACGGAAGCUCAAUUAUUACAGAAAUGUUUAUUUAUUGUUGGUUUGGCAAUGAAGUUGAAAUUAAGAGCAACGUUAUACCUUAUGCUCCAUUUGAAUCCGAUUGGGUUGGUGUUCCACUUGAAAUACAAAAAAAUCUUAUAAUUUUUAUCAUGAGAGCUCAAAGACCAAUAAAAUUGUCGGCUUUGAAACUGUUUUAUUUAUCGUUGGAAACUUUUAAAGCGAUUCUGAAGACUUCUUGGUCAUAUUUCACACUCUUGAAUCAAGCUAAUUCUGGUUAAAUACUACCAGAACAUCAGUCCCCUUAUAGAUACCGUAGCACACCAUAA